AUAAUGAGUCCAAACCCUUGAAUCGAACCUUCAUCCUUCUUUGCGAAAAAAAAAAGAAAAAGAAAAAAGGAACCAAAAAAAAUUGGGUUGUUCAUAAAAUCGAGAGCGAUUAAUUAGGGUUUUGAAUGAAUAUGAGCAAUGAAAUUAAGAAAGAGAUUGGAGAAGAAGAUGAAAGCAGUAGACCGACAGAAAGAAGUGCAAUUACAAGAGCUGAACCUGACGAUUAUGGUCGAGCUGUUUCGAAGAUGGCAGUUUCCCAGAUUUGUGAGGGUGUUGGUUUUGAAGCUGUCAAGCAAUCUUCUUUAGCAGCAUUAUCAGAUAUUGCGGUUCGAUUUAUCUGCGACUUAGGAAAAUCAGCUACUUCUUAUGCUAAUUUAGCUGGUAGAUCAGAGUCUAACCUUUUCGACAUACUCAAGGGUUUGCAAGAUUUUGGUUCGAUUUCGGCCUGCGAAUUUUCCAGUUCUUCUGAUAAUAAAAUUGUUAAGCAGAUGUCUGAUUUUGUUCGGACAGUUGAGGAUAUUGAAAUCCCAUUCGCACACCCGAUUCCGCGCUUUCCUAUUCCAGUGAUUAAGUCUUCAAGAAAUUUGCAAACUCCGAGUUUCUUGCAAAUGGGUGAAACUCCGGGAAGUAAGCAUGUACCUGAUUGGUUGCCGGCGUUUCCAGACCCUCACACUUAUAUUAAAUCGCCUAUGUGGAGUCACCGGAAAAUGGAUCUUCGGAUUAGUAAAGGGGAGCAAGCUAGACAGAGAAGAAAGGCGGAACGAUCUUUGUUGAAUUUGCAGCAACGCUUGCUUUCUAAUGGUUUAGCCGGGCCCUCGGGCUCAAACUUGGGCUCAACAAUGGAGGAUAACCCGUUCGUUGCCCCGCCAUUGCCACCCCCACCAAGGAAGAAAAAUGCCUAUGAAAAUGGUGUUCGAGAGAGAAAGCAAGUGUUGGUGAAGGAGACCUUUGCUCCAGCCAUUGAUGCCUUGAAGGGUAAUAAUCCUGAUGGGGCUUCGGCAUCGGAUUCGGAUGCAAUGGAUAUAGAUAGGAGGGUUGUUCCGGUUCCUGUCCCCGUUCCGGUUAAAAGAAAGCCAGUUAUACAUUUCAAGUUAAAGGCUGGUAAGAAGAUGUUGGUUGAAGAUUUGGAUGUAAAUCUUAGGAACAAGGUUAAUGAAAAGAGGGGAACUUUGAUGGGAAGGGAUGAUGAUAAAGAUGACAAGAAGAGGAGAGCUGAACUUAUUCUUAGACAGUCAUGUAUGGAUAAUCCACAAGAAGUUUCUCAGAUGUAAAUUGCUUUCCUAUAAUUCAAUUCUUUGUAGGUAUAGGAAAUUUGAUUAGGUCACUUUUAAGCCAUUAAACAUGUUUCUGGCUUUGUAGGCUGUAGAAGUUUUUUUUCUUACUCCCUUGCCAAUUUUGGGACACUUGUAAUACUAAAAUUCUUUGACAAUUGAGUCUUCUCUCAUCCUGUAACUUUAAAUAUCCAAAAAUACAAAUUAAUUGAGUGUAA